AGAUGCAAUCAAAGAGAAUGUCAAACUUGAUGGACUGAAACUAUGGAAAGUUUACAUCAAUACUAGAGAAAAAGGGGGCAAAUAUUUAUUACUUAAAGAGAGUUCUGCAGAUGCUAAUGUUGAAGUAGUUUUCGAGG